GAACUUGCAGAUGAGCUUUCACACAGCUGAAGAUGGGUGUGAAGGGCUUACAGUACUUUAUGGAGGGAUGUUGCCCAGACUCUUGUGUGCCAGUGGACCUGAAACAGAUGGCAGUCGAUCAUGUCAAAGCCCAUCCGGACAGUGCCGCCACAGUAGUAGUGGACGGAAUGGCCUGUUUAAGAUACUGGUAUCGCUGUCAAGCCUGGGUCCAUGGCGGUCAGUGGCAAGAGUAUAUGCAUAUCCUUCAAGAAUUCCUGGAUGCGUUCACGGCUGCAGACAUACGUUUAGUCUUUUUCUUCGACGGAACGGUCGAGGAACAAAAGCGGGCAGAGUGGGUGAAGAGGCGGCUGAGAGUCAACCAAGACAUCGCGAGAAUAUUUCAGCACAUUAAGACUCACGGUCAGCAGCCGAACAGCAGAGACCUUUUCUGCCUUCCCUCCGGACUCGCAACCUUCUCCAGAUUUGCCCUCAAAAGCCUCGGCCAGGAAUCACGGUGCUCUGUUCGCGAAGGAGAUUAUGAGAUUUCCGACUACGCUUUGUCUCACAACUGCAUGGGCAUCCUUGGUCAAGAUACAGACUUUGUUAUCUACAACACAGUUCCAUACCUGUCCAUCAAUAAACUCAAUUUAAACAACAUGACAACAGUGCUGUUCUCCAGAGAGCGGUUAUGCCAUGUUUUGAAGCUUCAUAUGACUGACCUCCCUCUCUUGGCCUGUCUGUUGGGCAAUGACGUCGUGCCUGAGCAGCAAAUGGAGCGUCUCCGCAACAGUGCUUUGGCGUCAUACCGAAUGAAACACAAGCAAGUUCAGGGAGACAAGGUCUAUGCUGUUGCAGACUUCAUUAGCGUUCAUCAUCCCAGCAGUGAGGGAACAUUUGGAGUUUCCUCCCUUUCGUUAGUUGAAGCAGAGAAAGAAGCUUUAGAAAAAGGCAUACGCUUGUAUUUACUUACAGGACAAAUGUCCCCUUGGUUAGAAAGCAGCCGUGCCUUUCCUGAGUCUGUGUGUUUGAUGGGCAAUUAUGUACCUGGUGACAUAUUACAGGCAGCGAUGGAAAAGCACACACAGGCAGAGUGUUUCCUGGUCUAUAAUGUGUUAUAUGAUGGGGUCGUGGAGUGCAGUAACACGUUGGAAGAUGAGGAUGAGGUGGAGUUACCCCCGCAGGCCGUCUUAUAUCUUCCUGUCCGAGAACGCAUCUAUGGCCUUUUACUGCCAGUGCAGCCAGGUGUUUCAUUUCUGUAUUUACUUAGAAUUUAUGGAAAAAAAUCAUAUUUUAUGAUGCAUUUCUAUUAUGUU